CUCACAUGAGCUUCUCCAACUUUCACUCAAACUCUUUCGAGAUGUCAUCCCUCAUUACAACCAACAGUGCCCCGGCUCUAUCUUUAACCUCUAACCAAACCAACACCACCUACACGAGCUUCAUCUCCUCCCUCAUUACCCAUAACCCCAGCCCUAAAACACCAACCACUAGCCAAAAAAUAUUCAUCCGAAACCCAAUAGCCUCUUCUCAUGUCAUACCAAACCACCACGAGUUGCUUUAUUUUCCUCAUUACACUAGCCAUAAAACAAGACAAGGCAACUAUAAAGCUCCAUCAUACACUCUUAACUAG